UUUAUUAUUCUCCCUUUCUUUGAAACAUUACCUGUCAACUGUCCUCCCACCCCCACUCUCCCACCUCCGUUCCCAUGGAAACACGAGGCGCGAAUUUUUAUCCCUUUUGUGCAUGGAUACGUGUUGCCACUGUCUGUAGUGAGGGGGGAGACGCCUAAAGGGAGCAAACUUAUCCCGAGUCAAAAAAAAAAAAAUCAUAAAACGCUUAGAAUGAAAAACCUUCCCCUUAUAUUUUCUACUCCUCUUCUUUUUUUUUUCUUUAUUCACCAUGUCCACUUCAUCUUUCUCCAUGAAUGACAUGUUUUCCAUGUUAAAUCGAGAUGGACCUCCUUUACGUAGUGUGGCUUCAGACAGACAUCAACGACCCGUUUCCGAAAUGUUGAAACAAGACAGUUUCAAGUCUCCUGAGAGCCAGGUAUUGGAUCAAUGGUUUGAGGACCUGCAACAGUAUGAGAGUAGUUUGGAAUCUAUGGCAACCGCAAGUCUAGACCCUAAAUACAAGGAGGAAGUUCAACACGUCGAUCAAUGGUUUCGGUACCUGAAUGAAGCAGAACGUACCGCCACCAUCUAUACACUUCUUCAACACUCUACACAGGUUCAGAUCAGGUUUUUCAUGGUCAUCCUUCAACAGCUCAGUCAAAAAGAUCCCGUCUCUGCCUUACUCUCUCCUGCUCAUCCCGAGAAAGACAUGCAGACACAGUUGACUAGUGCCAUGAUGGUGAAAGCAGAGCUAGAAGCCAGUCAAAAAUUAGCAUCUGUCAUCCCUUUUCAAACAGGACGACCCAACCGAAUUGGACGACACUCAUUUACAUUAGACGACGAUUUUUUACCUCCUCCACCCCCACGACCCCCCACGGCAACCUCACGAUACAGCAUGUUUGAACAAAAGAGACCAAAAUCUGUCAUUGAAGGGGAUGUAGCCUCUCUCUUUAAAAACGAUUGGUCGUUUGGAUUAGUGCCACCUCAGACUGUCGUGGAGAAUCCAUCCAGACCCAAAUCAGCCGAUAUGUCGCAUUGGAAUGCAUCGUUAUGGACACCUACAUUAGACCACCAUGAACCAUGGAAAAGCAAUCGAUCGUCUGUGGUCUUGAAUGAAGAGAUCCCAUCUCCACCCGUUGUCCUGUCUGUCUAUAAUGAUACCACCUCGACUUUAUUCCCCGUACAACCACAAAGGUAUGGUCAAUUUCUGAGUCCUGGAGGCGAUGAAAAUGGUUAUUUUAGUGAUCAUAGCGAUCAAAGUAAUGGAUCUAAAAACCGGUUUAUGAUAAAGACAAAAGAGAAAAGGGACGUCGUUGACAUGCAGCUCUUGCAAGAUGUGCCUGCUUGGCUUAGGAGUUUGCGAUUACAUAAAUACAAUCCGAUUUUCGAAAACUACAAGUGGCAAGACAUGUUGAAAAUGGAUGAUGCUGCAUUACUCUCAAAAGGUGUCGCUGCCUUGGGCGCUAGACGCAAACUGCUCAAAGUGUUUGAGCAAAUCAAAGCGCACUGUCAACUUAACAAUAUCCCUUAUUAAAAAAAAAAUACAUCUUAUAUCCCAAAUAUUAACGUACCAAGAGUCACCUCUCACAUAUUCAUAUUAAAACAUCAUGCUUUCUUAGUCCUAUUAAUCAGAAAACCUGUUUUUUUUUUAAAAAAAAAAAGAGAGGACCAACGACUUUCCCGGUCAAUAAUGUGAAUCACCCAGGCAUUUCAAACGACG